GAGCUCCGAUGUGGUCUGUGUCGGUCUGUCAGUGUGUGUCCGGCCCGAUGUGUCCUAGUAACGGGUCCUGCCUCCCUGCCCGACCCCUGUGACCUCUGACCCGGGUCCUCCCCCCCCCCUUCACUGCAGAUCCUGGCUCAGUGUACUCUGUACAGCGCUAUGAGCCGUCAGGAUGAGUAACAGCCACCCCCUGCGCCCGUACACCGCCAUCGGGGAGAUCGACCACGUCCACAUCCUGUCCGAGAACGUGGGAGCGCUGAUCAACGGCGAGGAGUACAGCGACGUCACCUUCGUGGUGGAGAAGAGGAGGUUCCCCGCCCAUCGCGUCAUCCUGGCCGCCCGCUGCCACUAUUUCAGAGCGUUGUUAUACGGAGGUAUGCGGGAGUCCCAGCCCCAGGCGGAGAUCUUCCUUCAGGACACGACAGCAGAGGCCUUCUCCAUGCUGAUAAAAUACAUCUACACGGGCCGGGCCAGCCUGAGAGAGGAGCGAGAGGAAGUUCUGCUGGAUUUCCUCAGCCUGGCACAUAAAUAUGGCUUCCCGGAGCUGGAAGACUCCACCUCAGAGUACCUGUGUACCAUCCUGAAGAUCCAGAACGUCUGCAUGAUCUACGACGUGGCCAACCUCUACUCCCUGGGGAAACUCUGCUCCACCUGCUGCCUGUUCAUGGACCGCAGCGCACAGGACGUUCUAUCGAGCGAUGGCUUCCUCUCACUGUCCAAGGGUGCCCUCCUGGAUAUCAUUCAAAGAGAUUCAUUUGCUGCUCCAGAGAAAGAUAUCUUCCAGGCCCUGAUACGUUGGUGCCGGCACAACGCGAACGAAAACCACAGCGAGAUCAUGGCCGCCAUUCGCCUCCCGCUCAUGAGCCUGACUGAACUCCUCAAUGUGGUGAGACCGUCCGCGCUGCUCUCCCCAGACGCCAUCUUGGAUGCCAUUAAAGUGCGCUCCGAGAGCCGGGACAUGGACCUCAACUAUCGUGGCAUGCUAAUCCCCGAAGAGAACAUCGCCACAAUGAAGUACGGUGCCCAGGUGGUGAAGGGGGAGCUCAAGUCCGCCCUCUUAGACGGGGACACUCAGAACUAUGACCUGGAUCACGGCUUCUCCCGGCACCCGAUAGAAGACGACUGCCGAUCCGGGCUGGAGGUGAAGCUGGGCCAGCCGUCUAUUAUUAACCACGUCCGCCUUCUGCUGUGGGAUCGAGACAACCGGUCGUACUCCUACUACAUCGAGGUCUCCAUGGAUGAACUGGACUGGAUCCGAGUCAUCGAUCAUUCACAAUUCUUUUGUCGUUCCUGGCAGAAGCUCUACUUCCCCGCCCGGGUCUGCAGGUACAUCAGGAUUGUGGGGACUCACAACACGGUCAACAAGGUCUUCCAUCUGGUGGCCUUUGAAUGUAUGUUCACCCAUAAAACCUUCACCCUGGAGAGAGGCCUGAUGGUGCCCACAGAAAACGUGGCCACCAUCACCGAAUCGGCCAGCGUGAUUGAAGGUGUGAGUCGGAGCCGCAACGCCCUGCUAAACGGAGACACCAAGAAUUACGACUGGGACUCGGGUUACACCUGCCACCAGCUUGGCAGUGGUGCCAUUGUGGUCCAGCUGGCACAGCCGUAUAUGAUUGGCUCUAUCAGGUUAUUGUUGUGGGAUUGUGACGAUCGGAGUUACAGUUACUACAUCGAGGUGUCCACCAACCAGCAGCAAUGGACGAUGGUCGGUGACCGAACAAAGGUCCCAUGCAGGUCCUGGCAGAAUAUCACUUUUGACCGACAACCGACAUGUUUUAUAAGGAUAGUCGGGACUCACAACACAGCGAAUGAGGUGUUCCACUGCGUUCAUUUUGAGUGUCCGGCACAGAUCGUCAACCAGAAGGAGGACAACUGCGAGGAGAACCCACCAAGCGAGCCCCCACCUGUUCCUGCCCGCCAAGCCGUCACUAUAGCUUUGCGCAUUUCAAACGCCGGCGACAGUCCCUCACCGACUCAUCAGAACAGCAGUGUCCCUUCGCAGUGAAGAAGAGUUGGUUGAAAACCGUGAACUUCUGGAGCCGUGUUGAACCCUCCUUCUCCCAUUUGUGUGCUGUCGUAACGCCAUGGCGCCCGGGGUGGGGGGGAGGGGGUGAUGUUGGUCCAAGGCCGCAUCUGGCCGUCCACUUUGUAGGAAUGAAAUCCGGCCUUGGGAGGAAGGGAAAAUUGCUAUUCAAUCUUCAUCAAGACCGCUAUUAGCACCCAAGCUCUUCACUCCAACCGUGUCCAGGACGUCGACCUGGUAAUUGGGCCAGUGGCUGUUGAAAUUCACGCCUCAUCGCGGCCCCAGAACGCGACUAAUUGAGGAAUUUAUUGCUUUUCUGGCCUUGUGAAGUUGGAUUUUCCUCUCUACAGAGAGUUACUAUUGAUCGGUUUGCAGAUCCGUCACAACAAGUCAGAAUCUUGUUAUUCCAUGUAGGCAGAGUUCGGCAGCGGCGGUUACCCUCCCCUCUCCCCCCCCUUUUUUUUUUUUUUUUUUUUUUUUUUUUUUUUUGUGUUUUUUGUUAUAGUACAAAUUGUUUUACCAGGCUGUCACGAGCCGCCGUAUGUGCUCUAUUUGCCGACUGAAAAACUGACCCCCUGCGGAGGAACUUCUGAUUGAAAGAGAGAGUCUGCUUUGCUGGAGCAGAUAUUAUUCUUGAGCACUUAAUUUACUCGAUGAAGGACAGAGAAGUAUAUAUUGGGUAGUCUUUAGAUGUAACUCUAUGGAGUAGGAUUCUCGGUGAUAAAUUCAGUGUAAGUGCGCUGAUGUAACUGACGUUUACCCCAACUCCUCCCCUUUUUCCUAUAAAAGUAAUGUUCAUUUGCA